CGGAAGCAGGAUGGCGGCGGCAGCAGCCGGUGCCGGGCCGGUGCCGGGGGACGAGCUGGUGCAAGACGUGAUCCCCUACCGGCGGCGGUCGCGGCUGCUGUGGGGUACGGUGCUGCCCUUCUGCCUGCUGUACCCGCUCUGGCUGUGGUUCUGGGGGCCGUGCGCCUGGGCCUGGGCUUGGGGCGGCCCCGCCGAGGUGCCCGAGGCCGCGCUGCUCUACCUCGCCGCCAUCGCGGCCGUGCACCUGCUCACCGCCUUGGCCGGCCUGUGGAGCGUCAACGUCCACUGCUUCCUCUACUGCUGUUGGGUACGCAGUCCAAGGAAAGCCACAUUGGCAAAAGUCGUGCCAAUGCCAAACAACGGAUCUGCAGAGCUGGUGCCACUCCACCGAGACCAGGGAGAAGAUGGGCAGGAAGUCCUUUCCUUUGAGUUUCAGAAAAUAAAAUAUUUUUAUGAGCUGAAAGAGAAGAAGAAGUUCCUCCCGGUGGCGUUCCCCGUGGAGCACCCCCUGCAGUAUUACCAGAAUGCACGCGGUUACCUGGAAGACAAAGAGAUCCGAGUGGCGGAGAAGAAAUACGGCACCAACAAGGCAGAAAUGGUGGUGCCUGAGUUCCUCGAACUGUUCAAGGAGAGAGCAACAGCACCUUUCUUCGUUUUCCAGGUAUUCUGCGUCGGGUUAUGGUGCCUGGACGAGUACUGGUAUUACAGCGUCUUCACCCUCUCCAUGCUGGUGGCCUUCGAAGCAUCUCUCGUCCAGCAGCAAAUGAGAAACAUGUCGGAGAUCCGGAAGAUGGGCAACAAACCCUACAUGAUCCAAGUUUACAGGAACAGGAAGUGGCGGCCAAUUUCCAGCGAUGAGAUCAUUCCUGGGGACAUCGUGUCAGUCGGUCGGUCUCCCCACGAGAACCUCGUGCCCUGUGACGUGCUGCUGCUCCGGGGGAGGUGCAUUGUAGACGAGGCGAUGCUGACCGGAGAGUCGGUGCCCCAGAUGAAGGAGCCGAUCGAGGAGCUAGACCCGGAGCACGUCUUGGACAUGCAGGCAGAUUCCCGUCUGCAUGUCAUUUUUGGCGGAACGAAAGUCGUGCAGCACAUCCCACCCCAGAAGGCCAGCACGGGCCUGAAGCCUGUAGAUAAUGGCUGUGUGGCGUACGUUCUGAGGACAGGCUUCAAUACAUCCCAGGGGAAACUGCUGCGCACCAUCCUGUUUGGUGUGAAACGGGUGACGGCCAACAACUUGGAGACCUUCAUCUUCAUCCUCUUCCUGCUGGUCUUUGCCAUUGCGGCUGCCUCAUAUGUGUGGAUCGAAGGUACCAAGGACCCCAGCAGGAAUCGUUACAAGCUCUUUCUGGAAUGCACUUUAAUCUUGACCUCGGUUGUCCCCCCGGAACUCCCCAUCGAACUCUCCUUGGCCGUCAACACCUCGCUCAUUGCUCUCGCCAAAUUGUAUGUCUACUGCACGGAACCAUUCCGCAUCCCUUUUGCAGGCAAGGUCCAGAUUUGCUGCUUUGACAAAACCGGCACGCUCACCAGCGACAGCCUGGUGGUGAGGGGCGUGGCUGGGCUCAGAGACGGGAAAGACGUGACCCCUGUAUCUGACAUUCCUAUUGAGACCCACCGGGUCAUCGCCACAUGCCACUCACUGAUGCAGAUGGAUGACGGGACCCUAGUGGGUGACCCGCUAGAGAAAGCCAUGCUGAUGGCUGUGGAAUGGACUCUGACCAAAGAUGAGAAAGUUUUUCCCCGAAGUAUUAAAACUCAGGGACUGAAAAUUCACCAGCGCUUUCAUUUUGCCAGUGCCCUGAAAAGAAUGUCGGUCUUGGCUUCCUACGAGAAGGUCGGCUCCACUGAUCUGUGCUACAUUGCAGCUGUGAAGGGAGCCCCGGAGACGCUGCACAAAAUGUUCUCUCAGUGCCCGAACAGCUACAACGUCAUCCACACUGAGAUCUCACGCGAGGGAGCCAGGGUACUGGCACUUGGCUAUAAGGAAUUGGGGCACCUCACUCACCAGCAGGCGCGAGAGAUCAAGCGCGAGGCCCUCGAGUGCGACCUUCGAUUUAUGGGCUUCAUUGUGGUCUCCUGCCCACUCAAAGUGGACUCCAAGCCAGUUAUCAGGGAAAUCUUGAAUGCAUCGCAUCAUGUAGCAAUGAUCACAGGUGACAACCCGCUGACAGCUUGCCAUGUGGCACAGGAGCUUCACUUCACCCAAAAGGAGGAGACACUCAUCUUGCAGCCUCCUGGCGGCCAAGAUUCCAGCUGGCAGUGGCAGUCCAUCAGCGGCACCAUCACUCUUCCAAUCAUACCACAUUCCCUGCAGGAGCUGACCAAGAACCACAACCUGUGUGUCACAGGGGAAGGGCUUUCCCAGCUGCAGGCCACUGACACACAGUUCCUGUUGAGGCUCAUCCCGCACGUUCAGGUCUUUGCACGCGUCGCACCCAAGCAGAAGGAGUUUGUGAUCACAACACUGAAGGGACUUGGCUACGUGACUCUGAUGUGCGGAGACGGUACCAAUGAUGUGGGGGCUCUGAAGCAUGCUGAUGUGGGAGUGGCUCUACUAGCCAAUGCGCCUGAAAGACUCCCCGAGCGCAGGAAGAGACCCCGCGACGGACCUGCUGAUGGGAGACCCGCCUUGCCGUCUUCCUCCUUGGCUGGGAGCAACAUGAGACCCACCUCCCGAGCUGCCAAGCACCGGCUCAUGUCACACAGGGAGGAGCAACUCGCCAUGCAACGGGAAAGGAUCAGCCAGGUGCUGAAGGAUUUGGAAGAGGAACAAGUACCCAUUGUGAAGCUGGGUGAUGCCAGCAUCGCAGCCCCUUUCACCUCCAAGCUCUCCUCUAUACAGUGCAUCUGCCACGUGAUCAAGCAGGGCCGCUGCACCCUGGUCACCACCCUUCAAAUGUUCAAGAUCCUGGCGCUGAACGCCCUCAUCUUGGCCUACAGCCAAAGUGUCCUUUACUUGGAAGGGGUGAAGUUCAGCGAUUUCCAGGCGACGCUGCAGGGGCUGCUGCUGGCUGGCUGCUUCCUCUUCAUCUCACGGUCCAAGCCUCUCAAGACCCUCUCCCGAGAACGCCCACUCCCCAAUAUCUUCAACCUGUACACAGUUCUCACGGUGCUGUUGCAAUUCCUGGUUCAUUUCCUCAGCCUGGUUUAUUUGUACCGAGGAGCGCAGGCCCGCAGUGACCCCAAGAAAGAGGGAUUUGUGGAUCUCUAUAAGGAGUUUGAGCCCAGUCUCGUGAACAGCACUGUAUACAUCAUGUCCAUGGCUAUGCAAAUGGCCACCUUUGCCAUCAACUAUAAGGGUCAUCCAUUUAUGGAAAGUCUGCGGGAAAACAAACCUCUGCUGUGGAGCAUUAUCUUGUCAGGGCUGGCAAUCGUAGCCCUCUUGACAGGCUCCUCCCCAGAGUUCAAUGAUCAGUUUGGACUGGUGGAAAUCCCCACAGAGUUUAAGCUAGUCAUCACUCAAGUCCUGAUGGCCAAUUUCUUCCUCGCCUUGAUGGUGGACAGAAUCCUGCAGUUCUUUCUAGGCAGCACAAAGCUCAAAGUGCCUUCCUGAGAUGGGUCCCAUUC